ACCAAGAAAAUAAGAGGAAGCAAGAAAGGCGAAGGAGCUUUUUGUCUCUCUGCGAACCACAGUUCUCUCUGUGUCUCUAUAUCUUCUUCCCGACGCAUCCAUAGCCGCCGCUGCCACUUCCGCCAGCAGCUCCGCCCCAUCGCCGUCGCCGGUGCUGCUGACGCCUCCGCGUCUGGUGGCGCUUUUGAAGUUCCAUAGCUUCAAAUAGAAUCGUCACAAAGUUUUAGACUUCCAAUGGCUAGAGCGCCAGCUGGAACUGCAAACUCAGGUGGCAGGACCGGGGUUCGCAUAGUUAUUGCUGGGGACCGUGGAACCGGAAAGUCGAGCUUGAUCGUAACUGCUGCGGCGGAGAAUUUUCCAGUGAAUGUCCCGCCAGUAUUGCCACCGACGAGGCUGCCCGAAGAUUUUUACCCAGAUCAUGUUCCUACCACUAUCAUCGAUACUUCAUCCCGCACUGAGGAUAGUGCAAAAGUUGCUGAAGAACUUAAGCGAGCUGAUGCAGUGGUGCUAACUUAUGCUUGUGACCAGCCUCAGACCCUUGAUCGACUGAGUACUUUUUGGCUUCCUAAACUUCGGCAAUUGGAGGUGAGGGUUCCAGUUAUAGUGGUUGGCUGUAAGCUGGAUUUGAGAGAUGAGAACCAGCAGGUUAGCUUGGAGCAGGUUAUGUCCCCAAUAAUGCAGCAGUUUCGAGAAAUUGAAACAUGCAUCGAGUGUUCGGCAUUUAAACAUAUUCAGAUUCCUGAGGUUUUUUACUAUGCCCAAAAAGCUGUACUUCAUCCAACAGGCCCACUUUUUGAUCAAGAAACGCAAACUCUAAAGCCUAGAUGUGUUCGAGCGCUGAAACGGAUAUUUAUUCUUUGUGAUCAUGAUAAAGACGGUGCUUUGAGUGAUGCUGAGCUGAACGAUUUUCAGGUCAAAUGUUUCAAUGCUCCUUUACAACCUUCUGAAAUUGUGGGGGUUAAAAGGGUUGUACAAGAAAAACUUCCUGAAGGAGUGAAUGAUCGUGGGCUCACUUUGACAGGAUUCCUCUUUCUUCAUGCUUUAUUUAUAGAGAAGGGGCGUUUGGAGACAACAUGGACUGUACUUAGGAAGUUUGGGUACAACAACGAUAUCAAACUUGCAGAUGAACUAAUACCAGCUAUUGGAAAGAGAGCUCCAGAUCAGAGUGUGGAGCUGACAAAUGAAGCUAUCGAGUUUCUAAGGGGAAUAUUUGAACUCUAUGAUGGUGAUGGUGAUGGUGUCUUACGGCCUCGUGAUCUUGAAGAACUAUUUUCUACCGCACCCGAGAGUCCUUGGAAUGGAGCUCCAUACAGAGAUUCUGCGGAGAGAAAUGCAAUGGGAGGAUUAUCAAUUGAUGACUUUUUAUCACUGUGGUCUCUCAUGACACUCCUAGACCCAGUUUACACCAUAGAGAACCUGAUAUACAUUGGUUACUCUAGUGAUCCGUCAACUGCUAUUCGUGUGACAAGGAAACGGCGAUUGGACCGCAAGAAGCAACAAUUGGACAGAAAUGUCCUUCAGUGCUUUGUGUUCGGGCCUAAGAAGGCUGGGAAAUCUGCUUUAUUAGAUGCAUUUCUUGGAAGGCCAUUUUCUGAGACUUACACUCCUACUUCUGAAGAACGCUAUGCUGUAAAUGUUGUUGACCAACCUGGAGGAACAAAAAGAACCCUUAUUUUGAGGGAGAUACCUGAAGAUGGAGUGAAAAAAUUGUUGUCUGGCAAAGAGUCUUUAGCUGCUUGUGACAUUGCACUAUUUGUGCAUGACAGCUCCGAUGAGUCCUCCUGGAAGAAAGCAACUGAUUUACUGGUUGAAGUUGCCAGUCAUGGUGAGGAUACUGGCUAUGAGGUGCCUUGUUUAAUUGUUGCUGGCAAAGAUGAUCUCGAUUCAUUUCCCUUGGCGAUACAAGAUUCUACAAGGGUGAGCCAAGAUAUGGGUAUAGAAGCUCCAAUACCUAUCAGCACAAAAUUGGGUGAUUUCAAUAACGUGUUCCGAAGAAUUGCAUCAGCUGCAGAGCACCCUCAUCUAAGCAUACCCGAAACUGAGGCUGGCAGAAGUCGCAAGCAGUACCACAAGCUCAUAAACCGCUCUCUUAUGUUUGUUUCAGUCGGAGCUGCUGUAGCGGUCGUAGGACUGGCCGCUUACCGUGUCUAUGUCGCGAGGAAGAAUUCUUCCAGCUAAUUGAUGAAAGGGCAAUGACAAUCGACAAUGCAUCAUUUUUCUUUAGAUAUGGUUGGUAUCCUAAAUCUUUAUACUUUUUCUCCGACUUCCUUUGGUUUCAUGAGUUGGCUUAUUAGAUAUAUAAUAGAUAAGUUGCAAUUUUCAAUCAAAAGAGCGCACUUGUAGUUUUAGCUCUCUGGUUUUUCUGUAUAAUAAUUUUAAGUUAUCAGUAUAUUGUCAAACCCUAUUAUGCUAUAGGGGUUUAUCUCUCUUUUUGCUAGGGUUUAUGGUUGUACAAUCAGACCAGUCAUUCAAGAAGGGAAAUGAAAAUUUUUGCUAAGGAAAUAUUAAAUCUGUGCAAA